GUUCACGUGACCUCACAUUCUUUAUUCUGACCAAUGAGAACGAGAGCAUGGGCUGGGCUUUAAUGGGUGAAAGCCAAUCCAGUGUAACGUUUGUGACCGUCUUUUAGGAAUAGUCAUAUCCGGAUCAGUCUUCGUUUUCACUCUCAAGCUGUUGGCUCUCGGUGUUCAUGAUGUACGGAUCCUUCCGGGUACUGCUACAGGUGCUGUGGGCCCUGCUGCUCUGGGGCUGGGCUCUCGGCUCCGAGCUGACAUUUGAGCUGCCAGACAACGCCAAGCAGUGUUUCUACGAGGAUAUUAUAAUCGGUACUAAAUGUACACUAGAAUUCCAGGUGGUGACUGGUGGUCACUAUGAUGUGGAUUGCCGAUUGGAGGACGGGGAUGGAAACAUCCUGUAUAAGGAGAUGAAGAAGCAAUAUGACAGUUUUACCUUCACUGCAUCCAAGAAUGGCACCUACAAGUUCUGCUUCAGUAAUGAGUUCUCCACCUUUACACACAAAACUGUAUAUUUUGAUUUCCAGGUUGGAGAGGAUCCUCCACUCUUCCCCAAUGAGAACAGAGUCACUGCUCUAACCCAGAUGGAAUCAGCUUGUGUCUCCAUCCAUGAGGCUCUGAAAUCUGUCAUAGACUACCAGACACAUUUCCGCCUCCGUGAGGCUCAGGGACGCAGUCGUGCAGAGGACCUGAACACUCGUGUUGCGUUCUGGUCUAUUGGAGAAGCUAUUAUCCUCUUGGUGGUCAGCAUCAGCCAGGUUGUUCUGCUGAGAAGCUUUUUCUCUGACAAAAAAACCACUACAACACGUGUUGGAUCGUAACAUUCUCUGAGCUCUGAGGUCUUAAUUUUUACCUCCUGAGCUUGUAUGCAUGGAGUUGCCUUGAAUAGCAGUGCUGAUCUGGAACGGUUUUAUAUCGAACUGCCAGAUCUCACAAUCUGACAGGUCCUUUAUGUUUAUCACUGCUCUUCCAGGAAACUUCAUGCAAAAUGAGAAUCAAAAAAGAAAGCGUGCGGUUUAAAUUCUGACAAGAAGUUAAAUGGAGAAAAAAAAAAGAAAGUCUCUUUGUGUUGCUUGUAAAUAUUUGUAUUUGAAGCAGUUAAAGCAUCUGGUCAUUCAGGCAAACCUUUAAACUUUUGAGUAUUUGAAAUAAUUUCAAUUUUUUUUCUUACAUUGUUUGGAUGUUCAGAUUAUUAAGGGUGCUGUUGGGUUGUUUUUUUCUUUUGUCUGCAGAACAUUGGGUUUAUAUCCUUUAAAGUAACAUUAUUUGUUAGAAAACAAAAUAAUUCUCACAUCUUUAUUAUUAAACCUGGUUAUGUUUGGUAGUAAUGACCAGGUAUUGUCUUUGCUUUUACUGGUUUUGCCAUUUUAAAUAAGUCAUUUAAAGUGGUAAUGCUGUGAAUUGUAAAGUCUCUUUACUAUGAGUCCAAAGUGGUGGCUUAGUGGUUAAGGAAGUAGACUUGGGUCCGGAAGGAUUCAGGGUCGAGUCCUACAGCUGUCAAGUUACCACUGAGGUGCUCUGAGCAUGGCACCAUCCCAACACACUGCUCCCUGGCUGCAUAAAGCUGCCCACUGUUCACUUUGGUGAUGGUUAAAAGCAGAGGUCACAUUUCGUUGUGUGCAGUGAUGUGCUGUGUCACAAUGACAAGUAGUUCACUUUCCUCACUUUGCUUAAAGGUAAGGAUGUAAGGGUUUGCAAAAUAACAUUUUUGUCAAAUAUGUUGCCUAUAGUUCAUUGAACAAAAAUGUUCAAAUGUUCAUUGAACAAAAAUGAAAAGUUCUGUUUUCAAGUUCAUGUUUUUUGCUAAAUACUGCUUGAAUAUAAGGAUUCUCGUACCUUCUGAGUUCUUGUUGUAAUUUUGAAUUAGACCAAUUUGAAAGUGACAAUGUUUUGCAAAUCAGUUGUUUUGUGAUUUUAAUAUAAUGAUCUUGAUUUGGGUAAUUAUUUUAUAAUAUAAUUCAUAAGGACUUAUGAAUAUACAGUGCAAGGCCUGAGUCAGAAGAA